GUAAACGUUUUAUUCAAAAAUUUUAUUAAAGUCUAGUCACCAUGUUCGAUACUCAAAAUUAUCUGUCACAAAUUGAUCAGGAAACGUGUCAAAAUUCUGCAAAAAUGGAUGACGACGAAAAUCAGUUUAUUGUGGAUGACGUGAGUACGAUUGUGAGAGACACCAUCGACACCAUCCUGAGCGGCGCAGUGUAUCAGCAGGACAAAGUUACCCAAUGGAGCGCCCAAGUGUCGGAACAGUGCCUAAGUGCUUUAAGUAAAAUGAAAAAGCAGUUUAAGUAUGUGGUGACGUGCUCCAUCAUGCAAAAGACUGGAGCAGGAUUGCACACGGCCAGCUCCUGCUACUGGGAUAGUGCAACGGACGGCACCUGUACAGUGCGUUGGGAGAAUAAGACCAUGUAUUGCGUUGUUACCGUUUUCGGACUUGCUAUUUAACAAUCUACUUAUAAUUUGCUUUUCUUGAAAAUUUU